CCUACGGAAAACUGCAGCUCUCCAAAAACUCGCCUGACCGAUCCUCCGGAGUUCAAAACUAUCGGAAUCACACGGAAAUAAGUCAAACAAUCAAAAAAUGACUAUAGACAUAAUUUGGUGCAUCCACCUACGCGCGUUUGGUGAUUUGUAAAUCAGCAGCUGGUGUCUGGACGGAUGUUUGGCAUAAACGAGCACAAUCACGGAGCAGACACGAAGUGACGGGACCCAGAGAGCCGUUUGGAUUUUGGGUACACUGGAGAUCGUUCAUCAUGGUGUCCGUAACGCGCUUUAAUAAGGCGUUUGUCGACUGCGUGGCUCUUUUGUUCUGCCUGGCCGUCAUGUGUGAGCUGGUUUUGUCUCAGAAUGACACGGAACCCAUCGUCCUGGAGGGCAAGUGUCUGGUGGUUUGUGACUCGAACCCCGCCGACUGGAAGAGCUCCUCCUCGCCGCUGGGCAUCUCCGUGCGCGCCGCCAACUCCAAAGUGGCUUUCUCCGCGGUCAGGAGCAACAACCACGAGCCCUCGGAGAUGAGCAAUAAAACGAGAAUCAUAUAUUUUGACCAGGUUCUCGUCAACAUAGGAAACUAUUUCACGCUGGACUCCGUCUUUCUUUGUCCUCGGAAAGGAAUCUACAGCUUUAACUUCCACGUUAUUAAAGUGUACCAGAGCCAGACUAUACAAGUGAAUUUAAUGCUGAAUGGAAAGCCAGUCAUCUCUGCCUUCGCCGGUGACAAAGAUGUCACACGUGAGGCCGCCACCAACGGAGUCCUGCUGCACCUCAACAAAGAAGAUAAAGUUUAUCUGAAACUGGAGAAGGGCAAUCUGGUAGGCGGAUGGCAAUACUCCACCUUUUCUGGCUUUCUUGUUUUCCCACUGUAAAGCAAACAGAAAGACUGCCACCUUUGUUGUCCAAUCGUCAUCGUGUAACUGGCCCUUCAGCAUUAAUUGGAGGCUCCCAAAUGGAAUCAUAAUUUCAGACAUUCAUUCAGCUGUUGUCUUUACGGACUACUGGAAAAACGCAUCAGUGACGGUGAAUCUGGAGAGAGGACAUCUACUUCAGUGCAAUAUCACUUUCUGCUGCAAGUCGCUCUUCAUAGAUCUGGGAGGUUCAGCACAUCACAUCACGUCACACUGUUUGUUCGUUUCCUUGUGGACGUUUGUGUUGCUUUUCUUUAGUGUGUGGUUUUUAGUAAAAUGAUUAUUAUUAUCUGUUAGCAAGGUCAUUUCCUCUCAGAGAGGAAAUGCUCAAAACCGUCUCGUCACUUGAGGGUGCAAUAUUUUAAAAACCUUGGCAGGCAAAUUUAAAAUAAAUAAAUACAAAUUGUAAGUUGGUAUUUUUUUUUUUCCCAGAGCGAAUACACCUUUCUAUGUAAAUUUAGACUCGUUAAAGGAAUAGUUCAUUCGAAAAUUUAAAUUUGCUGAAAAUGUACACACCCUUGGGCUAUCCAAGAUGUAGAUGUGUUUGUUUCUUCAUCAGAUUUGGAGAUUUGUAGCAUUACAUCACUUGCUCACCAAUGGAUGCUCUGCAGUGAAUGGGUGCCGUCAGAAUGAGAGUCCAAACAGCUGAUAAAAACAUCACGAUAAUCCACAAGUAAUCCAUACGACUCCAGUCCAUCAAUUAAUGUCUUGUGAAGAGAAAAGCUGUGUGUUUAUAAGAAACAAUAUAUAUAAAAUAUAUGAUACAAUAUAUCAAAUAAUUUUUAACUUUAAACUGUUGCUUCCAACUAAAAUAUGACUCCUCUAUCCAUAAUAAAUCUUUCUCCAGUGAAAAAGUGUCUCGAGAGAAAUCUGCACAGAUCAAAUACCGUUUACAAGCCAGAACACUCCAGAAAGUCUAAAUAUGUGGGUGGAUUUUGGUGUAAGAGGACAACAGGGGAUGGACUUUUUCACUGGAGGAAACAUUAUUAUGGAUUAUGAACUCAUAUUUUGUGCAGAAGUGACGGUUUAAAGUUAAAACGUCUUCAUGAUAGAUUUCUUUCUUACAAACACUCCGAUUUUUGCCUCACAAGAUGUUAAUUGAUGGACUGGAGUGGUGUGGAUUAUUGUGAU